ACAAUAUACGGUAGUAUUUUAUUAUGUUUACCGCAAGUAAUAAAUUCGCCAGAAAAUAAAUCCAAAAUAUUUAUUCCAAUACCCGUUCUAUAUUUGCCCAGGCAAGUAACGGUCGAGCAAAUAUUGGGAAGAUUAGAUUAUUGUAGUAUCUGAAGGUGCUAGUUGACAACAAUUAGCACUAUUCAUAGGUAAACCGCGGAUAGAUCCUCCGAGGAAUUUUCUACGCGUUUCGCGAUCGAUGAACAAUUGUUUUGUCUAAUUAUAAUCGGGUUGAACUGCUAAGAACAUAAACAUUCGGUAAGAUCUCGGAUUCCACCCAAAAUAUUCGCUGUUGUGACGUUUUCUCUAAAUGUUUGGAUUGGCUGAUGUGCAGCAGACUUUUAAUUCAAAAUAAAUUGGCCCCAUACAAUUCUUGUUGGUACCUAGCGGGUGUAAUUCGGCAGUUGAAUAGUGCAUGCGAAGUGCUCAUGUGAAAUGUGUAUUGUUCUGAGGAUCGUCAGUUUUCUCCUGCUGAUUCACUUGCCGCAACAUCACUCAAUUCCUGCUGAAACUGAAUCUCUGGACUCUGUAACUCUGUUACCAAGAACGAAGAGAUACAGAAUAAAAUCUGGCUCAUCAAUUUCUUUGAGUUGUAAUAAAGCCAAAAGCGAUGUCACUUGGCAAUUCAAGUCCUGUGGGAUGAAUUAUAAAGGCAUGAACUGCGAAACCGCUGGGGAAGGAGAUUUAAACACAAAUCAAGGUAUCCCUUGGAAAUUGCUCCAUCACUACAAUGGAAAUAGGAUGCUUAAAAUUGAAAAUACAAGUCUGGAUGAUGUUGGAAUUUAUAGGUGUAUAUCGGGAAAUAUAAUACGCAAAAUUUUCAUUUUAGAAAUAGAUGCAGUGACUUUCGAAUGGCCCCCACCAAGAGUGAUGUCGGUGAUACCGAAUCAAAAAGUGGUCCGCCUCAACGGUCAUCUAACCAUAAACUGCAGUGUUUCCAGUAGGACACCACCGAAAAUUUUGUGGUUCAAAGUGUGCUGGACAAAUUUGUGCGAACUAGAUUUUGCCGCUUAUGAAAUAGAAAUCGAGGGGAACUUCAACUGUCUGUGUCUCAUUAACAAUACAAGUGAUAGCACUUACAAUUGGGAAAAUUUAUAUGUUAGUAAAUUGCAUAUUUUCAACACCCACGUGUGGGAUGGGGGUACCUAUGUAUGUUCUGCCCUUUCAUCUGAUGGAAAGGAUCAUAAAAAUGUUACUAUAAUUGUUGAUUUUCAGAGGCAACACAGUUAUAAUUUCGAAUCUUACACGUGUUUAUUGUUGAUUCCGUUAAUUUUCAUACUAUUAUACAUAGUUUCAUACGUUUUCUGUGUCAGUAAGAGACGAAAACGCGAUAGUCCCGAACAAUUGCAAUAUUUAAAAUGUACCAGCAUGUGAUAAGUUGAAUAAAAAACAAUAAUUAUUAAAAAAUUACAGGUGUAA